AUGACUUACAGCGUCCUCAUCUUUGCUUUUCGCAAGCCCGGCAUCACACCGGAACAGUUCCGGGCACAUUAUGAAGGCACCCAUAUCGCUCUCGCCAAGGACAUUGCCGGCGAGCACUUCCCACUGUCCCACACUCGCCGCUACAUCCACCGCACGGAGGCCAAGGCCGAGGGGACGGAGCGCCAUGCCGGCUACCCUGCCACCGUCCUCAAUGGCAACCAGGCCGACUUCGAGUACGACGCGGUCGCAGAGCUGACUUUUUCCGAUGCCACUGCGUUUCAGACCUUCUAUGACAUUUACCAAAAGCCUGAGAAUCUGGCGCGGAUCCAGGCGGAUGAGGCAAUGUUCCUGGACAGCUCUAAAAUGACGGCCGUCGUGGUUGGGGAGACUGUCGUUACAACCAAAUAG